ACUAGCCUAGAGCGGCGUGUAGCUCAUUUCCGCACUAGAAUCACCACGCACCAUCACAAACCAAAAAAAAAACAUGCCGGCGCACGUGCAGGCACCGACCUAAAAUUGUCGCUAUGCACCCACAGAAAGGAAACCCUUCCACAUCCUGAAGGAUAGCCAAAAAGGCGCCCGGAAGGGGGAGAGGCGUUCUGGGAUCUAGUAACGUCCGAGAAAAGUAGCCGAGGCCGCUGCCCUCUCUCCUUCUAUUAAUGUCCGAGAAAAUUGGCCGGGGCCGCUCCCUCCCUCUUCAUCUUCUAUAUUGAUUUGUCUGAGAAAAUGCCGAGACCGAUGGACAGG